AUGAUAUACAGGUCACUUUGCAGAGGAAAAGUCAUUAAGAGGGAAACUUGCUUGCGUUUGUUUAGUGCCUCUCGAGUGAUAUAUAUCAAUCCAUUUCUACCCAUUGAUCCCACAGAGAUUGCAACAGAUUUACAAACAGAAGAUGAGAAUAAACAGAAACAAUGUGUUCAAAAGGCCAAAGGUCGGAUAAAACAUAUGUUGAGCCAACAGAGGACCAUCAAUGGCAAGAAAAAUAACAGCGGAAGUAGUGGUAGUGGUGGACCCGGAGGGAAUGAAGGUGGAAAGAACCCCGACAAGAACCGAAAGAAAAGAGGCUGGAAAAGUUUUUGGAAUUCUUUUUCUUCAUUAUCUAAGAAGUUGGCUGAAGCUGGGUUGAUAACAUUGGCAUCAUUGGGUAUUUUAGUGAUUGGGGGGAUGGCAUACCAUAAGCUGUAUAAACAAAAUGUUUUGUGGAAGAUAGAAGAAAGUUUCAAUACCGGAGACAGCAGUUUGAUGAUCAUGCAGAACCGUGAAGGCAUUGAGAAUGGCGACGGUGUAUUGGAUACACAACUUUGGGCAGAGAGGCUACACCAGAAAUUAAUUGAUGAAAUAAUCAAAGGUGAAAAAAGAGGCAGAUAUUACCUAUUAUUAGGCGAAAAGGGUACUGGUAAAACAAGCACAGUGAUGGAAAGUAUCAAACGUGUGAAUGGCAAGGAUUGUGCUAUUAUAGAUUGCUCUUCCGAUGUUGAAAUUAUGAGGUUACGGAUUGGUUCUGCUUUGAAUUUCGAGUUUUUUGAAGACUACAUUGGAAGUUUAUUCAGCAUGAAAGGUCCCAGAGAAACAACCCCAAUCUUGGAUAUUGAAAGGGCGUUCAUGAAGCUAGAGAAGAUUUUAACAGAGAGGAAAAAGGAAACAUCGAAACCUUUGAUAUUAAUAUUCAACAAUUCUCACCUCAUAGACUCAUCGUUGGUUGAGCUAUUACAACAAAAAGCAGAAUACUUUUCGAGUUCGGGAAUGUUAACAACCAUGUUUAUUAGUGACGACUAUUGGUUGUUUGAGAAACUGAAAAUUUUAGCCACUAGAUUACAAUUGAUCAACUUUGAAGAUGCCAAAUUUAACUCUUCCAUAAAGAUUAUAAACCGUGCUAGGCUUAAACGUUUCAAUGAAUUUUUGUCAGAAGACGAAUGCAAAAAAAUUUACACACUGAUUGGAGGUCGUCCUCAGCAUUUAAACCAUGUUGUUUCAAGCCAGAGUUACCUUGAUGCUUGUGAAGAGGUCAUUCAAAGUGAGGCCACUUGGUUUUUAAACAAUUGUACUUUACUUGGUGCCGAUAUGGACGAUGAUGUUGUAGAGUCUGGUAAAUUUUCAACAAGUGCAAUGCUGUUAAUGCGUGAGUUGGUUGAAUUAGAUAGAAAGAAGAAAAAAACAAAGAAUAAGGGUGCAGAAGUGGAUCCUGAUGAUCAGGUACAUUUACCAGAGUUACCACUGUGGCGAGCUAGGCAAAUAAUGACUCGCCCAGACUAUAUACAGGAGUACGAUCGUCGUAAUAUCUUUACUAUUGACGCUCACUCAAAUGUACGUGCAGAUAGUGUUCCCAUGAUGCAAGCAUUUCACAGAAUAGCCUCAAGUCCAAACUUUGACAGUCUUUUGCAAGAAACAAUUGAUAGAGUCAGUGAGAUUGAAUCGCUACAAAGGACAAGAGAAAUUGUUUCUAAAGAUCUUGGACACGGGAAGAAGUAUAAGCUUUCAACGGCUAGAGAACCGGGAAGCUAUUAUAUUACGUUGGAGGAUGAAAGUGAAAAUGCACCUUUUGAAAUGAAAGUGGAAGACCAUGAAGGUGAGCGUAAAAAAUGGUGGAAAAGGAGAUGGGAGGCAUAUUUGGCAGGAAAGGAUAGUAAAGAGUAA